AUGAUGCGAGACAUAUUUUCUAGAAAGGUCGCGGGUGUGAUCGCGAUCCUUGCCGCCGAUGUUGACGCCUUUUGGCGUCUGCCCUGUUCGUCUCCGGUCAUGGUCGAGCGAGCCGAUCCCAUCAUGGAUCCAGGAGUUAUUUCGACUCACGCACACACAGUGAUGGGGUCUAAUUUAUUCAACUUCUCUAUGACAUAUGUCAAUACGCAGACCGCGACAUGUUCGACUUGUAAAAUCAAGCAGGAUCAAUCGAGCUACUGGGUUCCUACUCUCUACUAUCACGCCGAGAAUGGUAGCUUCAUCUCGAGGCAAGACGAGAAAGACCCCGAAUUCAAUCAAGGUCUUAUCCCAUUUCCCAAAGACUUCCGAAUGAUAGCUGGCAAUCCAAUGAACAGGAACCUUUCAAACUCGAUCGAACAAUCCGCCGUGUCGUUUGUGUGCCUUGGCAUCACCGAACCGGCCACCCCUGAACUACCGAGACACAAUUGCCCCAAUGGCCUGCGCACCCAAUUGAUAUUUCCUUCCUGUUGGAACGGGAAGGAUCUCGACACGCCAGACCACAAAAGCCAUAUGGCAUACCCGACUGGAACUGACAGCGGCGCUUGUCCGAGCGCGCACCCGAAGCGCUUCAUCACCAUUUUCUACGAAGUCACUUGGGACAUUGACGACUUCAAAGACUCAUGGUAUGGCAACAAACAGCCGUUUGUGUUCUCACACGGCGAUCCUGACGGUCACGGGUACCACGGCGACUUUUUGAACGGCUGGGAUGUUGACGUGCUGCAAAAAGCCAUCACCGUAUGCACAGAUGAUAGUGGAGCCAUUGAGAAGUGCGGCGUCUUCGAUCUUCGCACCGAUGAGGAUAUGGCUGCUUGCAAGGUCCUACCUCGUGUCAAGGAGGACGUGGCCGAUGGCGUGCUAGCUGCACUACCAGGGUGCAAUCCAAUUCAAGCUGGCCCAGAGGAAGCGGCCCUAUAUCAAAACUGCGGAGCAGUCAACGAGAUCGGCAACCCCGUGCUUCCUUUUACCGAUAUGUCGCAGACUCUGAAAUGGGGGUACAUAGGUUGCGUCAAAGAUCCGGCUGGCCAAUCUCGCACCCUAGAUGGUGCUCAGCAGGACAAGCCAGACAUGACGGUGGACGCAUGUAUCAAGUACUGCGACGACGCUGGCUAUACCUAUUCCGGGCUUGAGUACAAGACACAGUGCUUCUGUGGAAACUCUAUUGCUGCCGAGAGGAUGCCAGCGAAUGGAACAAUGGGUCGGUGUGAAUACAACUAUGGCGGUAAUGCGAAGCAAAUCUGUGGUGGUUAUGGUCAAGCGUCGGUGUAUCAGAAAUGCGGUUCAGAUUCUUGUCAAAACGCAAACUUGAAAAGCGAAUUUUGGAACGCACAUAUGCUCAAAGUAGCUUGA